AUGGACGCGCGGGCAGAGAUCGAAGCCAAACGCGAGCGUCUUGCGAAACUUCGAGAACAACGCCAAAGGUUGGCAGCGUCCAAGUCGGUUUCGCCGUCGCCGGAAAUAGUCGAUGUACCAACCAGAGCUGUGGAAACGCCCGUUUUGGUGUCUCCAGCGCCCAAACCCGAGCUUCAAACCGUGGUCUCGCGGAUUUUCUGCACUGAACCGGUUAUUUACUACACGAAAAAGAUCCAAACAGAAGACCCGGUUGUUGAGGAGCCUGAAAUUGAGCAGUUUGAACAGAUUGUGGUUGAAGAAAAGCCACUGGAAUUGCAGGCACCCCAGCCAGAACAGAAACGGUUUACGAUGGAAAGUGACAAAGAAAAGUCGUUUGCCGCUGCCAAGUUUCUGGAUAGAGCCUGGAGAAUCGUAGCACGAGCCAAGGAUUCCGACAAUCCCAAUAGAACCAUCUUCGAUCACGCCCCAUCCGCCGCUGAAUCGCCGUUUCGCCCGGGCCCCGUGUUUACUGGCCCUCAAGCAACUGUAUCAUCGCUCGAGUGGGCGCCCAAGCAGCCCGACGUGUUUGCUGUUUCAUUCCGUCAAAUUAAUGAGGGUAUUUCUGGCCAAAGUUUCGUUUGUGUUUGGAACCUGCGCGCUCCGUCUGAACCAGAGUACACACUAUUGUCCAACACGGACGUUUUAGUUGUGAAAUUUGCCCCAUCCCAGCAAUAUAUUUAUGGCGCCGGAUUCAAUGGCCGCAUUCUUGCAUGGGAUCUUCGGCAAGGCCAUUUCAAACUGCUGCCGUUUCUGAAAUCAACCGAGGAUGGUCAUGUCUUUCCGGUGAAAGCGUUGACAGUAACGGGCACAAGUUUGCUAAGCUGCGCAGAAGAUGGCACAUUCUGUUCGUGGGCUCCAGAUCUGUUGACCAAGCCUCAGUACAAAAUCACACUGACGAGCUCGUCCAGUAUUCUUGACGGGCUUGGACCUAGUGCCCCCACGGCUUUGGCGGUCCAUCCGCACGAUAAUACACAAUAUGUGCUUGGAACUUUGGACGGAUCGCUGUAUCGUGGUUUUUCAGUCGAGACCGUAACCACUCCUGCUGGAAUCAAAGGCGAGGCGUUUGGCCAAGAUGGCGAACGUCAUAGUGCGGGAAUCACAGCUUUGAGCUUUAGACAAAGCAAUCAAACGACGAAUACAAUGGCCUUUAUGCUUUCAGCUGGACUGGACUGGGUCAUUAAAUUAUGGAGUGUGCCUUUGGAAGGCACGGCAAAAUGCGUUGCAACAAUCUAUAUGGACGACAUCACAUCUGACAUUGCAUGGGCACCAAACCACCCUUCCAUAUUUGCCAGUGCAUGCCAGGAUGUAGUGCAGAUCUGGGAUUUGAACAAGAGCCGUGACACAGCAGUCUGUAGCCACAAGUUCCCAUGGCCGUUGGAGGUGUGGACGGGACUAUACAGGUUUGUGAGGUCGCUGAUGAUGUAUUCGAACACGACGACAUGA